CUGGAAUAGGAAACAGAGCCUUUAAUUGACCAGAAAGCACUUCUUCUUUUUUUUUUUUUUGGGAGAAUGGACCGGAAAGCACUUGAGAGUUGAGAGGCAUUUACAGUUCAUUUCACAAGGAAGCCAAGAUACCUUGUUGCCCAAGAAGCAGAACCAGAAUAUGCUCUCUUUUGUAAGGAAAACUGUGAUCUAAUUUAAAUUAAUACCUAAUAAAUUAAUUAAAUGAAAAAUCAAGAGAGAGAGAGAGAGUGCUAGUUUCUCGGUCUAGUAUUUGUCUCUCAUCUCCACCCUCGCUUUCAUAUUCGCAUUCGUUUCUUCUUUCCUCUUUUAUAUUCUUUAUUAACUCCUCAUUAUUGAGGGAGGACGCAACAACACAUCCACAUCGGAGCAAGGCAGCAAGGUUGAAGAAGAAGAAGAUCAAGUCUGAGAGAGAGAGAGAGAGAAGGAGAGCUUGAUCGAAUCGGAGAUGGAUCAGAAGCCCAAGACGAAGAUCGUGUGCACCCUGGGACCUGCAUCUAGGUCGGUGCCCAUGGUCGAGAAGCUUCUCCGGGCCGGCAUGAACGUCGCCCGCUUCAACUUCUCCCACGGCUCCCACGAGUACCAUCAGGAGACUCUCAACAAUCUCCGGGCCGCCAUGGAAUCCACCGGAAUUCUCUGCGCCGUUAUGCUCGACACCAAGGGUCCCGAGAUUCGAACUGGAUUUCUCAAGGAUGCCAAACCCAUCCAGCUCAAACAAGGUCAAGAGAUCACCAUAUCCACUGACUACAGCAUCAAGGGUGAUGAAAAUAUGAUUUGCAUGAGCUACAAGAAGUUGGCUGAGGAUGUCAAGCCUGGGAGUAUGAUACUCUGUGCUGAUGGUACCAUCUCAUUUUUGGCGUUAUCUUGUGACAAACAAAAGGGACUCGUCAGAUGCCGAUGUGAGAACUCUGCCAUGCUUGGUGAGAGAAAGAAUGUUAAUCUUCCAGGAGUCGUUGUGGAUCUCCCAACCCUAACCGAAAAGGACAAAGAAGAUAUUCUCAAGUGGGGAAUUCCAAACAAGAUUGACAUGAUUGCUCUCUCUUUUGUUCGCAAAGGUUCAGACCUAGUGGAGGUCCGCAAGCUCCUUGGAAAACAUGCUAAGAACAUCCUUCUCAUGUCAAAGGUGGAGAAUCAGGAAGGAGUGGCAAAUUUUGAUGAUAUCCUUGCAAACUCUGAUGCAUUCAUGGUGGCACGAGGUGAUCUUGGAAUGGAAAUUCCAAUUGAAAAGAUAUUCCUGGCUCAGAAGGUGAUGAUCUACAAGUGCAACAUUCAAGGAAAACCUGUUGUCACGGCAACACAGAUGUUGGAAUCAAUGAUCAAGUCUCCCCGUCCAACUAGGGCUGAAGCUACUGAUGUGGCAAAUGCGGUUCUAGAUGGCACAGACUGUGUGAUGUUGAGUGGUGAGACUGCUGCUGGAGCGUAUCCUGAACUUGCAGUCAGCACCAUGGCAAAAAUAUGCUUAGAAGCAGAAAGCACCCUUCACUAUGGAGAUGUCUUUAAAAGGAUUAUGGAUCAUUCCCCAGUGCCCAUGAGCCCAUUAGAGAGUCUGGCUUCUUCUGCCGUUAAAACAGCCAACUCAUCCAAAGCAGCUCUUAUAUUGGUCUUAACCAGAGGAGGAAGUACUGCAAAACUAGUGGCCAAGUACAGGCCCGGCAUGCCUAUACUGUCUGUUGUUGUCCCUGAGAUUAAGACUGACUCUUUUGACUGGUCAUGCAGUGAUGAAGCUCCAGCAAGGCAUAGUCUAAUUUUCCGUGGCUUGGUUCCAGUCUUAAGUGCAGGAUCAUCUAGGGCCUCUCAUGCAGAAACAACUGAAGAAGCUCUGGAGUUUGCCAUUCAACAUGCUAAGAUGAAGGGACUCUGCAAGAAUGGAGAUGCUGUUGUGGCUCUGCACCGUGAUGGAAAUGCAUCUGUGAUCAAGAUCUUGACCGUGAAGUGAGAGUCUGGUUCAGAACAUCAUGAUAAUUUUUUGUUCACUCCUGUUGGGCCUCCGCCAAAGGAACUGAUGACACAAUGCUUAUAAUUUUUGCCUGGUUAUAAAUGUGUUUUGGGAUGCAAAAACAUCAACUGUCACCCAGACAGGCUUUGAUAUCUACUAUAUAAUUGCUCAGUGAUACAUGGAACUUAAUUCAAUACACUAUUAGGAUCAUUUGCUAUAAUUUUGCUUUGGCCUGUGGGAUCGUUGCUCUAGUUUGCUCUGAAAGGAGAAAAUAUCAUUUCAUCAUUUGUUUGAGAAUUGUUUGUUAUUGUCUCGAUUGUGAUUUUGACAUUUUGUAUACUUCCACAGUAUGAAACACACUAUGGAAGGAGACAAGAGACAUGAAACAUGAAAGGAGAUGCAGAGAGUAACAGAGACGACAUCUCAUGUUUCAUGUAUCAUGUGUCAGGAAUCAAGAGGUCGUCUAGGAUCUAGUCUUCUAGAUUCCCCUAAACGAGAGCAGAGCAGACAGUUCACAUGGUCUCCUAGGCGUAUAAUUGAAGCAAUAAUGUGCUGGCUUUCAAACGUAAUAACGUAAAUAUUCGCAACUACGCUAAUAGGGUUGGAGGAUGAAGAAAGAGGAGAGCACAUCUCUACCUUUUCUAUUUUG